GUGGCGCGCGAUACAAGCAGGGUCGCCGGGUUUUUUCGCACUGCACACCAAUGGGAACGUGACAUUGUCCGCGACUACGGCACUCGAUAGCUCACUAACCGCAUGCCACCAGGAGCCCACAGCCAUAUCUCAAUUGUUCAUUAAUUCCGGCAGAACAGCACUACAGUACCCCUAGCAUCCUCACACAAAACUCCGCGAAGAUCCCCCCUCUAGUUCAAGCAAGACCUGCGCUUUCUCUGCCGAGUGUGGGGUAUUAUAUCGUGAACGGAAAUUAGUAUCACAAACCGCCUGCAUCACCCGGCCUUUAUCCUUUCAUGGCUUCGCUAGAGUUCCUGGCCACCGAACUUCUACUCAACAUCGUCCAAUAUGUCGAGACCCCCGAAGAAUUCACCACCAUUAACAGGUCCGAGGAACAACCGUCGCUCAAAAACCUGUCCUUAACAUGCAGGCGGCUUCGCGCUAUAUGCUUUCCGCUCCUAUUCCGCUCGGUGAAGCUACCCCUCGAAAACGGGCACUCGCGCAGGAGCAUCAAGGAGCUGUUGUGUUUCAUACGGGAAAACGCUUUGGAGCGAACGGUCGAGAGCAUGGGGCUGGCUAUGGGGCCGCAAUGGAACGGAGGGAAAGUCGGAUUAGAUUUGAAGAAGUUUCUGUGGGAGAUCUCCGUGAAAUCCUUGUCGAUACGUCAGUACCGAACCCACCUCGGUCUCCGGGAGAAGUCAGCUCGGUGGCCUUACUUUCUCGCUGCGCUCGAGAGACUGCGGCUCGAAGAGGUGGACGACGAUAACGACCUCAAAAUGCUGCUUUUAAAACAGUGCCCUAUUCGGCUGCUCCACGUAAACGAUGGCAGCUUUCGCUCCCUGUAUGAGGAGGACGAUAACUACUUCCUGGGCAGGGCGGAACAUGGGCCCGGAAUUGCAUCUUUCAAGCCCUCUGUUUUCCCCAACCUUACUACCGUAGUCUACCAUGCUGCCUGGCCACCAUAUAACCGCUUCGGUAGCUUCCUCGAAUUUGUCUCGAAAUUGCCUGCUAUCAAGGUGCUCGAGGUGAAGCUUAUGGGGGAUGAAGACCUUGAAUUGGAUCUCAAGAGGAAAGCCUACAAGCUCCCCCCUGACGCCGUCCGGUUCAGAGAAGUGGUUUCGGCAUACCAAAUAUUGGCGUGGAGGGUAGGGACUAUGGGUAGCUUGCAACUCCUGGUUAUUCGUGAUCACCGUAUUCCCUAUCACGGGGAGACAGACCCCCCACAAUCCUUCGCCGAAGGCCCUCUUGGCACUUAUCAGAGACAGAAGGACGCACAGACGUAGUGAAUGGGGGGCCCAAGAACCGAGGCAGGGAUUCUCAGGCGAUGACAAGGAGGAAAGCUGCUGAACCGUA